CUCUGAAAUGUCUCACUUUUACUAUUUUCUCUAAUUCCCUUUGACUUGCAUCACAAACCCACAUUUCCUCGCUCUUUCUCUCUCUGCCCCGUCAUGUACAACUUCUGAGUUCCUUUUUGCAUCUCUCAAAUUUUCUUACAAUCUUUUUUUCUCGGAGGUUGGCGACGUUUUUGUACUUGCUGCCGGUUAUUUUGAAGAGGACCUUGUGCAGGCCAUUCUAUGUCUUCUGUUACAAAUUCUUCACAUGUACUACAUAAUAAUGAUGGGGUUCCUGGCCAAGGCUCUAAGAUUCUAGGAAGGCACAAAUUUGAAACACAACUGACUCAGAGAAAUUUCAAAAGCAAUGAUGCACACAAUCACAUCCAGGACCAAGAUGCCACACCAGCCACGGAACUUUAUUCACGAGCAAGGGGGCAAGAAGAGGAGAUCCUCUCCCUCCGUGAACAAAUUGCUUUUGCCUGCAUGAAGGAACUGCAGCUGUUGAAUGAGAAAUGCAAACUGGAGAGGCAAUUCUCUGAACUAAGAAUGGCAGUUGAUGAAAAGCAAAGUGAAGCUAUCUCAUCUGCAUCUAAUGAUUUGGCUCGCAGAAAAGGUUAUCUUGAAGAAAAUUUAAAACUUGCUCAUGAUUUGAAAGCCGUAGAUGAUGAGAGAUAUAUCUUCAUGUCAUCUAUGCUGGGGUUGCUUGCUGAAUAUAGUCUUUGGCCUCGUGUUAUGAAUGCCUCUUCAAUAUCUAGCUGUGUAAAGCAUUUACAUGAUCAAUUACAAUGGAGGAUUCGAAGUUCACAUGAUAGAAUUGGAGAGUUAAGCUCUGUGCUAGAAACACGUGCUGAUAACGGUAAUCAUGUUGUUGAAAGUCCAGGUUCUGGAAAUUUGACAAGUCACAAUCAUAAUGAUUUCAUGUUUCAGCAUAACUUCUCCCAACAAAAUCUUAUCGGUAAUGAACAAAAUCAUCAGUCAACAAGCAAUAUGGCAGGAUAUAUGCACCCAGCACUUAAUGCUGAUGUAAACUGGUCUAUCAAAAAUUUCAACUAUCAGCAGAUGUCUAAGGCCGAUAGGGAGGUAUUCUCGCAUGGUUCAAUUGAUAAAGUUGGAGGGCAGGACAAAAACAUGGAAAGAAAUUUUGUUAAUACCAACAUGUAUCAACCACAACCUGAACUAGAUGAGACGGCUUCCUCUGUUUCCGAGGAUGGCCCUGGCAUUGAGAAUUUUCAAAUUUCUGGUGAUGCUAUUCCGGGAGAAAAGCUUCUUGGAUGUGGAUAUCCAGUCCGUGGAACUUCUCUUUGUAUGUUUCAGUGGGUUCGGCAUCUUGAGGACGGCACUAGACACUACAUUGAAGGAGCCACAAAUCCAGAGUAUGUAGUUACAGCGGAUGAUGUUGAUAAAUUGAUAGCAGUUGAGUGUAUUCCAAUGGAUGAUAAAGGCCGGCAGGGGGAACUGGUGAAGCUUUUUGCUAAUGAUCAAAACAAAAUAACGUGUGAUUCUGAAAUGCAACAUGAGAUUAACACAUAUCUGUCUAAAGGAGAAGCAAUAUUCAGUGUUCUACUCUUGAUGGAUUCAUCCGAGAAUUGGGAACGAGCAACCCUGUACUUAAGACGAUCAGGAUAUCAAAUUAGAAUUAAUGGUACUGAAGCUACAGUAGUUGCUGAGAAAUUCUCAAAGGACUUAUCGAUUAAGGUUCCCUCUGGUCUCUCAGUGCAAUUUGUGUUAACAUGCUCAGAUGGGUCUUCUCAUCCUCUAAGCACAUAUAGUGUCAGAAUGAGAGACACACUUGUAUUAACCAUGCGAUUCUUCCAGAGUAAGGCAUUGGAUGACAAAAGGAAAGGGAGAGCAUGACCUCAGAUUGCACUUUUGAAUGGAAUAAAAUAGAAAUUACUGAGCUGAUGAAGAUUUUACAGUCUCAUUUAUUUAUUUAUUUUUGUAGUGUAAUAUCCUAUGUGUAGUGUACUGUUGUAAAAUCAUGAGUGUAGAGGCUACGAAGGUGUAUCAUGGGAAGAAAGUAAAAACAGUGUUAACAAUUUGUUUAACCUAAGUUAACAAUAUAACAUCGUAUGCCUGUGAA